AUGUCCCCUCUAGGCGCCGCGUUCUCCCGGACAUCAGCGCCGACGCGGACCCCAGGCGCUGGGAGUACCCUUCACAGGCGGGCGUUACGCCGCGCGGGCGGCCCUGCGAGAAGUCCCAAAGAUGACUCGAGUAGGAAGCCCCGGAGGCGGCGCGUUUCCCCGGCGCGCCCGGUGGGGAGGGCCCAGAUGUGCCGGCGCAGCGGCGAAGGCGGAGCCCCGGCCAGGCCAGGGAAGUGCGGGGAGCCCCCGCCCGCCAGGGUAAACAAGGCCGCGACUUGCACGGCGCACUUACCGGGAGCGGGAGCCCCAGGACCGCUAAGCCGGGACAGACCAGACCGGGUCGGGCCGGGCCAGAGGAGUCGGAAUAAAGCGCGGCUGAGUCGGAGGCGGCGGGCCGACGCCGGUCGGGCCCGCGCUGCUUCCUCCAGCGGAGUCGUCCCCGCAGCUCCGGAAGUGCUCGGCGCCGUCGCGUCACUUCCGGCCCGGGGUCGAUCAGCGGUCGCUCGGAUUGCAACAGGCUCCUGGCUACAGGGGCCCCUGGCUCAGCCUCCUAGCAGCCGGCUCUCUGACCCAGUCCGGAGAUUCGGCUACUGAAGGGACGGUCAAGGUAUCUUUUCCCGCACUCGCUUACCGUCAUCUCCCGCCGAGAUCUUUUUAACCAGAGCGUUUCUUAGCGGCUCCUCAUAUCACUGUUUGUUAUCCGGUGUUGGGCACGGAGAAUACAUCCUGGCGUCGGUGGAAUGGAAAACCAUUGUUUCCCGGCCGCUAUCUGGUCAGCGGGGAGCCGGGCGGGGAAUUUCUGCCAACACUCUGAGCGACCCCCGAGCUUCAACCACAUCAGUCCUUCGCUUCUUACGCUGCGGCCUCAUUCUCCGUACAAGAUUACAUCUUAACUGCCUCGCUGCAGUUUAUUUUUACUGUUCUAUAGGUAUUGCCAUAGUAGCGUCUAGUUACCGUCUAGGACCAGUUGUCAAGUGUUUUGAAUAG